UAAAAGUUUUUCUCCUUCCGCCCUGUUUUUGCCACGCCCAUUAAGCACGGUAUUCUAGUGCUUCAAAGCUGAAAAGUCACUUUUGGUGGUUCGUGAACAGUUGUUGAACACUUAGGAAGUAAGAACGGUAAAAAUGACGCAGAAGAUUGAAGCGUUUGCAGCUGGAUUAGAAAGCGAGGAAAGCGAUGACGACUAUGAUAUUGAGAUUUUCUGCCAGUCUGGAAAACAAGUAUCGAAGGUUCAUUCUCCCAUGAAGAAUGAUGAACAUACAUUAAAAAUGGCAUUGUCCUCAGGAGAUAUUGGUCUUGUUGAAAGUCUCUUGAAUGAUGGCAUGAAUAUUGAGUCUCAAGUGGUCUUUGGAUGGACACCAUUAAUGUGUGCAGUUAAUGCUUCACAUUUUGAACUGACCCAGUUGCUUUUGGACAGAGGAGCAAAUGCGAAUGCCAGCAAAGAUAAAUACACAGCCUUGAUGGCUGCCUGCACAGCAUCAGGCCUGGAAGAAAAAAUUGUGAAGUGUGUUGAACUGCUGCUGUUGAGGAAUGCUGACCCAAAUGUCUCUAACAAUGCUCUCAUGACACCCUUGAUGUUUGCAUCUAGAGAUGGAUAUAUACAAGUUAUAACUCUUCUUGUUUCCCAUGGUGCUGAAUUGGAUUCUCAAGACCAAAGAGGAUAUACUGCCCUGCUAUAUGCUGCACAUUAUGGAAAAGAAUGUGCAGUUUUGGAACUGCUUAAACUUGGAGCAAAUCCUCUUAUCAAGACUAAUGAUGGUAGGACUGCAGCUGAUGUAGCAAAAGGAGGAGGCCAUGUACAGAUUUUCAAAACUCUAAUGACACAGCAAAAGACACUAAAUGUAAAUGAUGACCUAUCUAAGAAGAAAAUGCUCCAUUCUAUUAUUCAUAAUGAUAAUGGUAAAGUACAGAAUAUCAAAGAAAGAUGUGUUGAUCAGAAGACACUGGACUUGGAAUGCUUUGCAGAAUCCAUAUUGGAGACAGAUGUAUCAAUUAGCAAACUCCUGACAAUGACGAAAGAGGAUCUAGGAGAGAUGGGAAUCACUGAUCCUGAACAACAGAAUGCAGCUUUGGCACUUGUUGAAAAAAUUAAUUUUGAACAGAUUGAACCCAGCAAGUUCUUGGAUCUUCAAAACACAGAUCAGAGCAAUGAGCAUCUUUUGAGUUUCUUGAAAGGCCUGGAUCAGCAGUGCACCUCCUUAACAGACACUUUGUAUGUUGUGGUUAAAAGAUUUCCAAAGAGCUCUGAAGAGAUAGUCUUAGAUCGGGAUCCAGAAAAGGAGUUGCUGUUAAUGAGUGACAGACUAGUUCUGCAGUAUGAGAAUCUAUAUAAGGAGAUGAUCUGCUUAAGAAAUGUCAUCUACAAGACUAGUAAGAAAAAUGACCCAUGUGAAGUCCCAUCUUCUUGCCUUUAUAGUGGAAGAAGGAAAUGGAAAAUUGCUUUCAGCUGGCUUGGGGUUACUUUGCUAGUUGUUUUGGCAUCAAGAAUGGCUAAAUGCAUCUGAAAAUGUAGUUUUCUCUAUAUGUUGUUUUCAAUUUUUUUUUUUUU